AUGGACAACAGCUCACUCCAGAAAUUUUCAUCGAGCUCAUUAGCUCGAAGAAUUGGCAGAUCCAAGCCAAUGAACAAUAUUACGCCGCUACCAGAGAAGAGCAAGGCCAAAGGCUCACCAUCUGGGCGUACCGCCAUGAAAUCUACAACUACCUCGAGGCCUACUGGCCAAGAAGAAUCAAUACAGUCCAGUAUCAAGCCUUAUCAUGCAAGGACUGAUCCCAUUUAUUGUUGGGGACGACAAAGAAUACAAGCUACGGUUGAAUCGUGCGACAUACUAGUACAUAAAUCUAGGUUCUCAUCAAACGAUGUGUCGAUAUCUACGAGAUGA